CAAACCAAUCAACUGUCCAUUCUUAGUUCGUAUGUACACGUUCAAAACAAUCAAUAAUCUUUAGUUUGUCCAGUUGCGUUUUACGUCUUACUGUUUCUUGUGCGGUGUCGGGUUGUUGUGUUUAUUUAUUGAUAUAUCGUUAUUUACAUUUACCGACCAGUGACUGCCAGUGCCGUCGGUCUUCUCGUCUAUAAUACAGAGCUACACCAUGACUGAUUGUCCCCAGUUCCAAAUAAUGCCCCAAGUCAUGCCCGUCUAUCAUCCACAACCACCAUCGACACUGCCACCUCCGCCACCGAACGCGUUCCCAAUACCGACGGGGCAACCGAUGUUUUCAAUGCCACCACACUUUGGCUAUCCGCCCAUUGCGUGGUCGCCAAUCCAUCACUAUCCGCCACCGCCACCUCUGCCACAGCAACCGGCCCACGACCACGCUGAGGAGGACGAUGACUACAACGCACAACAAAUCGUAUUCAACAAUAAUAAUAACAGCAGCAGCAACAACAAAAAUAUUAAUUCUGCGGACGACAACUUGCAAAAUAAUUUGGAACUCCAGUCGUCCCAGCCUCCGAAUCGCCAGAUGUUCGCACGCAAUGUGUCCAACAAGUUUGAUACACGACAUGAAGAAUUCAGAAAAUACUUGGAAGAAGUAGGUAUUUUGUCCACAUUCACUAAUAUUUUAUCUGAAAUGUACCAAGAUCCUCUGCGGCCUAACAAUCCAUUGGGAUAUAUUCGAGAUAAAUUGAGCUCUUCUCGGCCUGAAACAGUUGAACUUCAAAAUCUUCGCAUUUGGUGUGAGGAAUACCAAAAAAAAACUAUUCGUCUGGAAAAAGAGUUAAAGCAUGUCAUUGAACGGUUAAGGAAACAUGAACCAUACAUUACUGAUGAUUCUCUUUUUAAUGAGAGUUCUAAAGAGAAUGACUGCAGUGCUUGUGUAUUGGAUGUAUCAAAUCUUAUGUUGGAAAGUAAGGAAGAAAAUCUUAAAAAUGGAUCAAUAAAAAAAUAUAACAAAUAAUAGUUAACAUUAAUUCUAUAAACAACUUUAAGAAUAAA